UCCUGCACAGGGUCAAUCCUUGACGAGACAGGCAGAGCCAUGCUGCAGCCCUUCAAUAAUAUUAAUUCUAUCCAAUAAUAAUUAAAGACAAAAUUUAUGAUUUUGUUUGAGGGGGCAAUUGCAUGCCUCGUGAUACGGAUGGCCUUUUGACCACAUGGGAGAAUGACAUCUGAUUCUAGUUGCCUUUGCCUGCGAGGAAUUAUUGUGACAUGUAGGAUUCCGUAAAAUAAAAAAGGAGCAGUUUGAUUUGCUGACAACUAGCAUUAGGAAGCCUGACAAAGACACGUCAAUGGCGUCUGUAAUUGACACUCAUCGCACCCAUAUAGUGCCCCCACGGAUAGUUCUGCAGGAUAUGGAUGAAGAUGUGGAGAGGAUGGAGAGUGGAGAGUCAAAGGACGAAUCUCCAUCUGGUCCACAGGCACUCUUUAAUGUCAACAACAGCAACAACAAUGAAGAGGAGGACAAGAAGAAAAAGAAAAAAGAGAAAAAGGAGAAAAAAGCCAAAAAAGAAAAGAAGGAAAAGAAAGAAAAGAAGAAGGACAAAGAAAAGGCGAAAGAAGAGAAAGAAAAAGCAGAAAAGGAAAAAGAGAAGGAGAAAGACAAGGAAAAGGAGAAAAAGGAACAACCAAAGAAGGAACUUUAUAUCAUUGACCCAGCGGGAAACAUGUACUACAACUGGCUGUUUGUCAUCACGAUGCCUGUUAUGUAUAACUGGACCAUGAUCAUUGCAAGAGCCUGUUUUGAAGAGCUCCAACAUGACUACCUGAUCACGUGGUUCAUUGUAGACUAUGUGUCAGACUUGAUAUACCUAGCCGACAUGUUAUUCAGGACACGGACAGGCUACCUGGAGCAAGGAUUGCUAGUGAGGGAUGAAAAGAAACUGAGGGAACGAUACAUGGACACUACUCAGUUUAAAAUAGACCUGCUGUCUAUGAUACCAACCGAUGUCAUGUACUUCAAAAUGGGACUCAACUACCCUGAGAUCCGACUCAAUAAGUUGUUCAGAGUGGGCCGAAUGUUUGAAUUCUUUCAGAGAACAGAAACAAGGACCAACUAUCCCAACAUUUUUCGAAUCUCCAACCUUGUCAUGUACAUCGUAAUCAUCAUUCACUGGAAUGCUUGCCUUUACUUCUCCUUCUCUAAAGCGAUUGGUUUUGGGGCAGACACAUGGGUCUACCCUAAUGUUUCCGAUCCAGAGUUUGGACGACUUGUCAGGAAAUAUGCGUACAGCCUUUACUGGUCUACACUAACACUGACCACCAUUGGUGAGACCCCUCCUCCAGUCCAAGACUCUGAAUACUUCUUUGUUGUCAUCGAUUUCCUGGUUGGCGUGUUGAUUUUCGCUACCAUUGUCGGUAACGUCGGCUCAAUGAUCUCCAAUAUGAAUGCUGCCAGGGCAGAUUUCCAGGCAAGGAUUGAUGCUAUUAAACAGUAUAUGCACUUUCGCAAAGUCAGCAAGGAUCUGGAAAAGAGAGUUAUAAAGUGGUUUGACUACUUGUGGACCAACAAGAAAGCUGUGGAUGAAAGAGAAGUCCUGAAGUAUCUCCCAGACAAACUGCGAGCUGAGAUCGCUAUCAACGUCCACCUGGACACUCUGAAAAAGGUACGGAUCUUUGCUGACUGUGAGGCAGGACUUUUGAUUGAACUGGUCUUGAAGCUGCGACCUCAAGUCUACAGCCCAGGCGACUAUAUAUGCCGAAAGGGGGAUAUUGGCCGGGAAAUGUACAUCAUCAAGGAAGGCAAGCUGGCUGUCGUUGCUGAUGAUGGGAUCACGCAGUUUGUGGUUUUGAGCGAUGGCAGCUACUUUGGGGAAAUAAGUAUCCUGAACAUUAAAGGCAGUAAAGCUGGGAACCGUAGAACUGCCAAUAUUCGCAGUAUUGGAUAUUCGGAUCUGUUCUGCCUUUCCAAGGAUGACCUGAUGGAAGCCCUCACUGAGUACCCAGAUGCAAAGGCCAUGCUUGAAGAGAAAGGAAGACAAAUCCUCAUGAAGGAUGGGCUGCUCGAUCUGGACAUAGCCAAGCUAGGACCUGACCCAAAGGACAUGGAGGAGAAAGUUAACAAAAUGUAUGGAAAUUUGGAGACCCUGCAGACUAAGUUUGCCAGACUAUUAGCCGAGUAUGAGGCAGCUCAGCAGAAGCUGAAGCAGCGGGUGACUAAGAUCGAAAACAAGCUGAUGUCUUCUGGGCAGGUUGUGAUGUCUGAACUGGUGGAUCCAGAGGCUGGAGCUGAACCUGCUGAAGCAAAGGAGAAAGAUUAGGGUGAAGCUGAAUAGAGUUAAGUUGCAGUACAGCAGUGCUGUGGACAUUCUGUGCUGGACCUAAAGUCCAAAACUUUCCUACAGCACAGUGUUGUAAAAUACUUUGUAAUUAUCCACCUUAUUAAACACACUGUGUAAAUAUGAGUAAGUGAAGAAUAAUUAAAAGAAACAACAUUCUGCAAGA